CAUCGAGGGCAAACAAUAUGGUCAGCUGGUCUAACGAGUAUCUCCUGUGACAGUGGAGUAGAGGGAAGUGAACGCAAGCCUGCGCAGCGACCGACAAAGCUUGAAAAGCUUCUCCACUCAACAAUGGAGGGGCUCCGCUGGAUUUUAAACGAGACUGAAUUGUUUAUUUCCCCAGCUAUUCCUCUCAUAGAUUUCAAGGGCAUUUUCUUUGUCCUGUUAAGGCAGAAGGGUGAUAAAGCAUCUACUAUACUAUAAUCAGUGACUCUCCAAACUUCACGAAAUGGAAGUUGCUGCCAUAAUAUUUCACAGGUUGUGUCAUGUUGAAAUUAGGAGACUGCUGCCCAUUAUUGGCACAGUCGUUGCCGUUGUUGUUGUUUUCCAGUGUUUUGCACUUCCCUAUAGGAGAAGUAUGUAUCUAUCUGUUGAUAUGAGGGGAUCAGCGGUUGUGAUGGUCUAUAAUGCUACUACCAUCAUAAACAAUUCAAGAACAACCAAGAUUGAUGGUAAUGGCGCGGUGAUGGGUUUGAAAAUGGAUGUGACAAAGCCAGACCAUAGUUCUACUCAAGAAGAGGAAAUGAUCAAGCCUGGUCAAUGGGAGCAAAUGGAGAAAGCAGAGGACAAAUAUAAAAUGAAUAAUCAUCUGAAGUCUAUUCCUACAGAUGGCAAAGGAGACUUGGAUGCCAACUUAAGUAUAAUUGCUUCAUCUGUAGCUGCAAAUAUAUUGUUGGUAGACAAUGUCAAGCAAGUUAGGAAAGCACUAUCCAAGAAUACUGAGCCACUGAAGACUGUUUCGAUUAUCAUGAACAAUAACUCUACAGCGACUAGCAUUUCUGUAAUGAAGAGGAUGAAGAUACAACCAACUUCAGUGUCCCAGAUGAACUCUCUGUUGCUUCGCAGUCUUGUUACUUCUUCUCAUUCUAUGAGGUCACGAUUGUCAUCCAUGCUUGAUCAUGAACUCCUCUCUGCAAAACAUGAUAUUCAAAAUGCUCCUGUUGUUAGGAACACUCCAGAAGAGUAUGCUUCAAUUUUUCGUAAUGUUUCCAUGUUUAAAAGGAGUUAUGAAUUGAUGGAGCGCAUACUCAAAGUUUAUAUCUACAGGGAGGGAGAAAAGCCAAUAUUCCACCAGUCAAAGACGAGGGGAAUUUAUGCCUCAGAAGGAUGGUUUAUGAAACUAAUAGAGGGAAACAGAAAGUUCACCGUGAAAAACCCAAGAAAAGCUCAUUUGUUUUACUUACCCUUCAGCUCACAAAUGCUAAGAACUGUGCUUUCUGAACAAGAUCUUCAUAAUCAAAAGGAACUUGAGAUACAUCUGAAGAAGUAUCUGGACUUAAUUGCGAGAAAAUAUAAUUUCUGGAAUAGAACUGGAGGCGCAGAUCAUUUUCUUGUGGCCUGUCAUGAUUGGGCCCCCAAAAUCACAAGGAGAUAUAUGAAGAAUUGCAUCAGAUCACUUUGCAACGCCAAUAUCGCUAAAGAUUUUAAAAUUGGCAAGGAUACUACUCUUCCUGUUACAUAUGUUCAUUCUGCACAGGCCACUCUAGAGGAUCUUGGAGGAAAACCUCCUUCAGAAAGACCUAUCUUGGCCUUUUUCGCUGGGAGCAUGCAUGGUUACCUCCGACCAAUGCUGCUAAAGUUUUGGGAGAAUAAAGAAGCUGACAUGAAAAUUUUUGGGCCUCUACCACGUGAUCUUGAAGGGAAAAAAAUGUAUAGGGAGUACAUGAAGAACAGCAAGUAUUGCAUAUGUGCUAGGGGUUACGAAGUUCACACACCCCGAGUGGUCGAGGCCAUUUUAAAUGAGUGUGUGCCAGUCAUCUUAUCAGAUAACUAUGUGCCUCCUUUUUUUGAGGUGUUUGAUUGGGAGGCAUUUUCUGUUUUCGUUCAAGAGAGAGAGAUCCCAAAUUUGAGGAACAUUCUGCUCUCAAUCCCGGAAGAGAAGUAUCGUAUGAUGCAGUUGAGAAUAAAGCUAGUACAACAGCAUUUCCUUUGGCAUAAAAAGCCUGUCAAGUAUGACUUAUUCCAUAUGAUCCUCCAUGCAGUCUGGUACAACAGAGUUUUUCAAAUAAGAGCCAGAUGAAGAUGUCCCAGAGUUUUGAUGAUUGUUGGUUAUUUUGAGCGUAGCUCCAUCUUUUCCUUCUUACUGUCAUUGAUAAUUUUUCCAUCAGUGCAUUGAAGCUUUUGUGCAUGCUCCAUUCUCUAUGCAGAGAGCCAUCGGCAGGUUAAGUGAGAUAAAAGGAAUCACGGAAACUGUCAUUGCAUUGAUGGAUUCUCUUCAUGGUGAGUUGAUUUCCACAUUUCAGUUUGUAAAAUCCCGUUUAUCCAUGUACAUAGAUAACCUAUUUGCUUUUGCUAGCAUGUCUCUGCACGAUUCAACUGUGGAAAAUCAAAUGAAUCCGUUUUGUUUUUAACACA